GCCGCGCCAUUCGCCAAUCGCCACACUGCCCACACACUUGACGAUCGGCAGCAACCCUACCCUGCAGCGCCAACCCUACUCUGCAGCGCAGUCGCCAGUCAGAGACUCCCCCUGUCGCCGGCGAACUCAUCCCCCGUCGCCGUCGUUCAAGAAUCAAGAUCGAAGCUUCGACAAAGGAGACGCCACCCCUUUGCAGUUCGCACUUCGCCAUGGAAUCCCAUAUAUGUAGCUUUUCAAGCUCGGAGUGGAAGUGCACCUGCAGGACCUAGUGGAAGCUCUCGUGCAGGACCCAGUGGAAGCUCUCCUGCUACCCAUGUUUUGGUCUCGAGUCCUACUAUGUCACAAGUGGAAGAAGACUAUGUCGACAACAAUUCCGAUGAGAAUGAUGAGACUUAUGUAGAUGUAGAGCCUGAUGAGGAGUGAUAAUGGUAGUAGUAUUUAUCUUGUAUGGUGGAUGAAUUUUUAUUUU